CAGGAAGUGGCUGGGAAACUGUAGGCUGACCCUCCUUCAGAGCAGAGGAAACACUAAGACUACCUCUGCUUCAGGGCGAUUCUAAACUUUCACAUUUCCAAAGAUCCGAGUUCAGAUGAGCUGAUUCCAGACGAAGAGACAGAAACCAGGUGGUAACAAUGACGACUAAGAAGCUGCUCAUUGAAACACUGAACCAGUUGAGUCCAGAGGACUUUGCUGAGUUCAAGUCAAUCAUUGAAGUGGAUAAAAAGUUCACAUUCUUCUCAAAGAGGGAACUGAAAGCAGGAAACACGCAGGAUGUAGUGGAGCUGAUGGAGGAGACGUACGGGCGAGGGUGUGUGGAGGAGACCAGAAAGGCUUUAAUGAAGAUGAGCAGAACUGAUCUGGUGCAGAGAUUAUCAGACAAACAGUUUCCUGCACUGAGUCAGAGAGUAGAAACGAUGGAGUCUCUUAUUGAGCUGCUUUUGGAAACACUGGCUCAUCUGAGUGACAGUGAGUUCGAGGACCUCAAAGAGAUCCUCAGGAGUAACCAUGACUUCUUCCAACCGAGGGAGACAGAGGAGUCAGACCUGCAGGACACAGUGUUUUCCAUGGUGCCGACUUAUGGCCAACAGUCAUUGACGAUGAUCAUGGAGGUGUUACAGGAUAUCAGGAGGAGUGAUCUGGCUCAGAGGAUGUCAGACUGCAGCUCAGAACCUAAAAGAAAACAUCUGGAUGAACAUCUGUCUGCAGUGAUCCACAAAGUUGCAACAAUGGCAGCUGUUAAAGAGCUGCUUUUGGAAACACUGAAGGAUUUGAGUGAACAGGAACUCAAAGACUUCAGGAGGUUUCUGAAGUUCACGUGCUUCAAGAUGGACCUGCCACAAAUACAGACAUAUAUAAACAUAGCAGAAGAACUAGUGGAUCAGAUGAUGUAUAAACUUGGUCAUCAGUCUGUGGAGGUGAUCAUGGAGGUUUUAACAGACAUGAAGAGAACUGAUCUGGUGCAGAGGCUGUCAGAGAGCAGCUCAGGACUCAAAGCUGCAGGAACAUCAGCUGAAGGAUUUGAUGUGGAGGACACAGAGAGAGAGAAACACUCUGAGGAUGAACGUUGGCCUGCACUGAUCCACCAAGUAGAAACGAUGGAGUCUGUUAUUGAGCUGCUUUUGGAAACUCUGGCUGCUCUGAAUGACCAGGAGCUCAGAGAGUUCAAGGAGGUCAGGGAAAAAACGCUUGUUCUCAGAUUCGACUAUGACUCAUACGUCACAGGGAUACUGCACAUGAUGGCAGACCUGCAGGACACAGUGUUUGUAAUGGUGCAGGCUUACGGCCAACAGUCAGUGAAGAAGACCAUGGAGCGUUUAAAGGAGAUGAAGAGGACUGAUCUGGCUCAGAGGCUGUCAGACUGCAGCUCACUGCCUAGAAAGAAACACUCUGUGGAUGAUCGACGCUCUGCACUGAUCCACACAAUGGCAACAAUGGCAGCUGUUAAACAUCUGCUUUUAGGAACUCUGAAUGAUUUGAGCAACGAGGAGUUCAAGAAAUUUCAGAGGUUCCUACAGACGAUUUUUCCUCAGAAGAAUAUGUUAUAUUCCUCAUGGAGGUUGGAAUCAUCAUCAGUCAGAGCACAGUUUGUGGAUCUGAUGGUGAAUGAACUUGGUCAGCAGUCUGUGGAGGCGACCAGGAAGGUUUUCUUGUACAUGAAGAGGACUGAUCUGAUACAGAAGUUAUCAGAGAGCAGCUCAGGAUCCAGAGACAAACUCUCUGUGGAUGAAGAUGAAGCUGCACUGUGGAAGAGAGAAGAAUCUGAUAAAAAGCUGCUUUUGGAAACACUGAAGAAGUUGAGUGAACAGGAACUCAAAGACUUCAGGUGGUUUCUGAAGUUCACGUGCUUCAAGAUGGACCUGCCACAAAUAAAGACAUUUAGAAACAAAGCAGAAGAACUAGUGGAUCAGAUCAUGUUUAAACUUGGUCAUCAGUCUGUGGAGGUGAUCAUGGAGGUUUUAACAGACAUGAAGAGAACUGAUCUGGUGCAGAGGCUGUCAGAGAGCAGCUCAGGACUCAAAGCUGCAGGAACAUCAGCUGAAGGAUUUGAUGUGGAGGACACAGAGAGAGAGAAACACUCUGAGGAUGAACGUUGGCCUGCACUGAUCCACCAAGUAGAAACGAUGGAGUCUGUUAUUGAGCUGCUUUUGGAAACUCUGGCUGCUCUGAAUGACCAGGAGCUCAGAGAGUUCACGCAGGUCCUGUUUGAAAUUCAUCAUCACAGAAACAAAUAUGACUCAGGCUUCCCAUUGAUGCUGUACAUGAUGGCAGACCUGCAGGACACAGUGUUUGUAAUGGUGCAGACUUACGGCCAACAGUCAGUGGAGAAGACCAUGGAGGUUUUAAAGGAGAUGAAGAGGACUGAUCUGGCUCAGAGGCUGUCAGACUGCAGCUCACUGCCUAGAAAGAAACACUCUGUGGAUGAUCGACACUCUGCACUGAUCCACACAGUGGCAACAAUGGCAGCUGUUAAACAUCUGCUUUUAGGAACUCUGAAUGAUUUGAGCAAAGAGGAGUUCAAGAAAUUUCAGAGGUUCCUACAGAUGAUUUUUCCUCAGAAGAAUCUAUCAUAUUCCUCAUGGAGGUUUGAAUCAUCAUCAGUCAGAGCAGAGUUUGUGGAUCUGAUGGUGGAUGAACUUGGUCAGCGGUCUGUGGAGGCGACCAGGAAGGUUUUCGUGUACAUGAAGAGGACUGAUCUGAUACAGAAGUUAUCAGAGAGCAGCUCAGGAUCCAGAGAGAAACUCUCUGUGGAUGAAGAUGAAGCUGCACUGUUGAAGAGAGAAGAAGAGCUGGAAGCUGUGAGACAGAUUCUCUUUGAAACACUGAAGGAUUUGAGAUUUGAGGAUCUCAAAAAAUUCAGUCUGUUUCUGAAGCUCACGUGCUUCAAGAUGGGCCUGCCACGAAUACAGACCUAUAGAAACACGGCAGAAGAACUAGUGAAUCAGAUGGUGGAUGAACUUGGUCAUCAGUCUGUGGAGGUGAUCAUGGAGGUUUUAACAGACUUGAAGAGAACUGAUCUGGUGCAGAGGCUGUCAGAGAGCAGCUCAGGACUCAAAGGACGAGAAACUGGAGGAAGUUCAGAGUCUGAGGAUUGUGGAAGUGUGAUGAGUGAGUGCCCUCUGCAGCAGAACUCCAGUGACUGGACUAAACUUGAACCUGAGGUGAACGGUACAGAUGCAGACGAGGCUCCAACUUACAGCCUUCAGUCUGAAGCAGGACACUUUGAAUGCAGUGUCUCUGGUUUGCGCUGGGUCUGUAAGGUAAAGGCCAGCUUUCAGUACCAGUUUGGUUCUUGGGAGGGACACAUGGAGAGGAUGGAAAGCAGAGGAUACAUACCUGCAGGUCCCCUGAUGGACGUCACAGUCACUGCUGGGAAGCUAAAUGAAGUUCACCUGCCACACUGGAUCUGCACAGAUGACAUCCCUGACAUACUGGACAAGUUUGCAGUCCUUCACAUAGAUGACUGUGGAGAUGUUGUGGAGAAAGUGUCUGAGGUCACACCAUCACAUGUCAAGUUAAUGGAGCCAAAUUUCUCUCUAAUUGGAGCUCUGAUAAGUUUCUUCUUUCCUUUGAAAAUCAGCUGUUUUAUGCUGAUGUACUAUAAACCCAACACAUCAUUCCUUAAACUCCACGUUUAUCCAAUCCGACAGGAUCCUGCUCUGGAACAGAGAAUAAACAAGGAUGAGACCUCAGAUGGAUACAAAAGGCUCAAAAAGCCACACCCAGACAGAUACCUGCAAACUGAGCGUGCUUUCAGCCUCAGAGCCGACAUGGAAACAGCAGAAAUCCAACCAGAGGAGUUAACCUUCAGAUAUAACAGCCUGAACUUCUAUGAAGUGUACAUUAAGGAUCCAGAGGAAGAACUCAACCUUACCCUCAUAGACUCAAAUGAUGGUGAACCAGAACAUGAACCAGUUUGGAAGUGCAAAAUUCAUGAAAAUGAUUAUUCAGCAUCUGGCCGUGUUGAAGAGAAACACUCUGUGGAUGAACAUCUGUCUGUACAGAUGCAGACAGCAUUAACGAUCCAAUCAGACAGAGAGAAGCUUUUGGGAAUGUUGGAGGAUCUCACACAGAACGAGCUAGAAAAUUUCAAGUGGUUCCUGGGGAGCAGCGAUGCUGUGAUGGGGCUGCCACGUAUCCCAAAGAGCCGAUUGGAGAAGGCCACCACCUGUGACCUGGUGGAUCUGAUGCUGCAGACGUACACAGAAAAGUCUGUGGAGGUGACCAAGAACAUCUUUCAGAAGAUUAAGAGGAAUGAUCUGGUGCAGAGGCUGUCAGAGAGCAGCUCAGGACUCAAAAGUUAGAAACAAAAUGGCAUCAUUUAUUUUACUUCAUCAAAAAUACUUUUUGAUAGUUAACUGUGUAGUAAUUGUGAGUGAUCGCAGCCUUUACCUGUUCAUUGUUUUCUAUUAGCAGGAAGCUCCUCCACAGUUCUGCUGUCCUCUUUAUUCUGUCUCUUCAUGUGUUCUCAGGCUGACUCCAACACAAUGCUGAGGUCUGGACUCUGUGUGGGUCCGACCAUCGGCUGCAGGACUCUUUGUUAUUUGUGUCUCUGGUUGUGUGUUUGGACUUGUUAGACAAACAUUCCUAAUUUUGAGGUGGUGCAUUUGACAUAGAGCUGAACCUUUGAUCAGGUUUGUCUGAUAUUUUCUGCAUUAAUGUGACACUGCUGGGAUCUGCAGCUAUGAUGAAAAUCACAGGAAAUAUAAAUGUGUAAUCAAGUGUAUCCAAGUAUUUUGAUUUUGAAGCAGUUUUUUUUAAAGUUCUAUAAUUCAUGCUUCUUUCAGAGAGGAUGAGGGGCUUCAAAAAGACCCAGUAUAAGACAAUCAGGGAUUAUUUUGAUCUGUGACUCAUACAAAGCUCCUCUAGUAAAGUCCAAAGAUAAAAAUAUGGACCUGAAAAUGCUGAUGUUUCCACAUUUUAAUCAGACAGAUACAUUUUGAUACUGUUUUGGAGAAAAACUGCACAAUUAUAUAUUUUUAAAAUCCUGUUUUAAUCUUUGUUUUUUACUGCAUUUGUCUCUAAAUAUUCUUUUACACAUCUCACACAAAACACUUCACAUGUCGCCUUGUUACUGAAAAGUGCUGUACAAAAACAUUUGUUCUUUAUCAAUAAAAUAUUCCUUUGAAAGCACCAAAGAACAACAGCAGUGUCUGAUAACUGUUUACUGUCAGA